GUCACGUGGGCAGUCGCUAGGGACAGAGGCACGUCCUGUACCUCGGAUUGUAGCGUUGCGAGCUGCUGCUAUCGCUAGUUUGAACAAAAUGGCUGCAGAGGCACCACUAACGAAAGCCCACUGAACGGUAGGAAUUAUCAUCGACGAUGUUUUAAUGGAUAUCUUGGAAAUACACCCUCUCCAAAUAUUGGAUUUUGCAAGAAUUUGCUCUCUUGGAUUCCUCUAUUUUCGAGCAUUUCACAGUCGCGUGCUGUAAAACAUUUUUUUGCACUUUUAAAAAUGUCAGCUCAUCAAAGACAAGCCGAGAGAAGAAGCAGGGAACACAAGACCAGAACCAUUUGAUGGAAGAAAAGAAAAAGAGAAAGCAAGAAGAAAAGAAAAAGAAGGAAGCUGCUCAGAAAAAGGUCACUGAACAGAAAACCAAAGUGCCAGAGUCAGCCAAGCCCGGCCCCACCCCUCCUCCUCCCCCCGCCAACCCCAGUGCCACCCCGUCUGUGCCCCCCACCAGCAGCAGUGGCAGUAAUGGCAAGCGCGCCCCCUCCAGUGCCCAGCAGCAGUCCCAGCCCUCGCCCGCCCAACAGCGUUACCCGCCAAGAGAGAUCCCUCCACGCUUCCGCCAGCAGGAGCACAAGCAGCUGCUGAAGAGGGGUCAGCCGCUGCCCCCUGGGACCCUUUCAACUGUACCAGGACGCCCCGAACCUGACGCGAGUCAGAAAUCCUCUGGUGCAUCGCACACAGAGCUGCCCCCACAGAGUGGCCCGGGAGCCCAUUAUGAGAAUCCCCACUGGGGACACCAGCCAGCCAAUCGGAGUGCCACUUCCGCCUCAGCGUCGGUCAAUCACAGUGGCUGGGAUACAGUGAUCAUCGACGAGAGCGACACCGAGGCCUGGCCCUCCAUUUCCCGCAGCAGCCAGAGCCAGGGCCCUGCUGGAGGAUGCCCCUCGGACACUGACCCUGUUGGUCCGGCCAGCAGCAGCAGCAGUAUGAGCAUGGCCACGGGGGCCAACGGCCAGACAGGCCACUUUCCUGCCAACUACCCCAGCAGCAAAGGAACCAGCUCUGGGCCCGGCAGCUCAGCCAAUCAACCCGGGGCAGGCAUGGCCGGCAUGGCCUCCAGCCAAGGAGCAGCCAAUCGGGGCUGGGGAUCUGGUCCCGGUCCCUCCCCCCACGGCCCUCCUCAGUCCUCCUCUGUCGGGGGUGGGGAGGGGAAGAGUGAUGGCCCAAUGGGAGGAGGAGGAGGCAGGGGUUGGGGCUCCUCUUCCUCCACCACCUCCAACUUUAACUUGAACCUGAACCCCAAUGCCAACCCCUCGGCCUGGCCCGUUCUGGGGCACGACGGGGGCGGAGGAGCGGGGGAAAGCAGCUCAGGGGGAGCCAACCCCAAUCAACCCCCUUCUUCUCAACCCCCUCCAAACCUCUGCAACCCGCCAGGCACCUCUCACGCCCAGGGGAACGGCAACAGAGGAGGAACCAUGGUGGGCGGAACGAACGGCAACCUUCCGGUAGGGGGAGGCGGCACCUGGGGAGAAUCAUCUGAGCCACACCCAUCCUCGUCCACGAAUGUGUCUUUCAGCUCAGAACCUCAGAACCUUAACACUGACGGACCAAAUCAUACUAGCAAGCAACAGGAGCCCCCUAUCCACAGCGUGUCCGGCUGGAGUGGCCCCUCCGGAGGAAUGGGCUCCCUGGGCCGGCCUCCUCCUGGAGCUUCACAGCUGGUCAACGGAGAGGAUGGCAGCUCCGCCUGGGGCAACAAUGGAGACUCCAAAUCAGUCGCCUCCUCCGUGGAGCCUUCGGGCUGGGACUCUGGGGCCGGGGGCUGGGGGAGCCAUGGAAGCAGUGGUGGUGGAACCUCUGGAGGCUGGGGAGGCCAGAGCAGCGGAGAUGCCUGGGGGAAGCAGCAUUCUGGCGAGGUCCAGGGGGGCUGGGAUGCCCCCAGCUCUCCUCCCCAGCAGGCCAGCUCCUGGAGCACCCGAGCCCCUAGCACCACGGUGGCCAGCGAGGGCAGCAGCGAGGGCAUGGACGGAGCGGGACACUCCCGCCGACAGGACCGGUCAUCCAGGGAUGAGCCUGCCUCCCUGCUCCCAGCCCCUGACCUGGACCCCAGGGUGCUGUGCAACACAGGCUGGGGCCAAACCCCCGUCCGCCAGCACACGUCCUGGGACAUGGAGGAGGCGGCACGCACACAACGAAAGGCAGAUGCUGCCGGGACGGACUCUUGGGGAGGCUCCGUCCCCAACACUCCCACCGAGCCAGCCCAAGGGCCCUCCAACCCCAGCCACGGCCCCCCUCAUCGGGCUGACCCCAAGAGCGAGGGUCCCGGGCCUGGUCCUCAGGCUGCCCCUGGCUGGGGUGGCUCCAUGCCUCCAGCCAGCCAACCCGGCUCUGGCUGGGGCGAGACACCGAGCAGCAAGAAUCCCCCCAACGGUCCUGGGGGCUGGGGGAACCCCCCACCAGGAGGCCCCGGAUCAGGCCCCAACAUGCCCAAAGCUGGGAACCAGUCCUGGGGAGCUCCAGAGGAGAAGUCCCCAAGCUGGGAUGAUUCCCACGGCAAGGCCCCCAAGCCCCAGGGCUGGGGAGAUGGGCCGAAGCCGCCCCACAGCGGCUGGGGCAACAGCGCUGGAGGAGGGGGCAAUGGAGGAGGAGGAGACUGGAGAGAGCCUGCAGAUGGCAAGAAGAACAGUCCCACCAUCAACCCUCCCUGGGAGGGAGAAGGAGCAGGAGGCUGGAAAGAGAGCAACCGAGGCUGGGGGAAACCUGGUCCGGGGAUGGGGGGAAAUGUUGGUGGAGGCUGGGGAGAGCCAGCGAUGGCCCAGCAGCGCCCAAGUGGCCCUGCCCAAGGAUGGGGCGGCAAGCCCCAGGAGAGCUCCAACGGCAACAGCGGAGGAGUUAGAGGAGGAAGCAUGGGCGGGGCAGGAGGUGGAGAAGGGAGCAUGGGAUCCUGGGGAGGCCCUGGCCCCGUGAAGCCCAGUGUAUCAGGCCGGGAGGGCAACGGGGGAGGAGGGAGCAAGCAGGACCCCUCAGGAGGAGAGCCCACAGGGUGGGAGGAACCUUCCCCACCCUCCAUCCGACGCAAGAUGGAGAUUGAUGACGGCACCUCGGCUUGGGGCGACCCGGGCGCCUACAACAAGAUGGUCAACCUCUGGGACAAGAACAACCCUGAGGGAGGAGGGCCACCCCAAGGUAGACCCCCAGGGAACGCCCCCGUAUGCCCCCCUGGAAACAACAACCACCCACCACAUCACCCUCCCCACCAUCCUCACACCUACCACGGCCCCCCACCACCCCUCCAGAGCCAUGGGGGCCACAACCCCCAGGGCCCAGGCCAGAACAGUGGGCCCAUGGACCCAGCCAUGCCUCACCAGACUGCGCCUCCACCACACAGCAGACCACCCCUCAUGGGUCCAGGCUGGGGGGAGCCUUCCAGUGCCCACCCCAAACCAGAGCCCUCCUGGGGGGAGCCUUCUCCCCCUCCGGUCAGCGUGGACAACGGGACCUCCGCCUGGGGGAAACCCACCGGGAGCCAUGGGGGCUGGGGUGUGGGUGACAACAGCCCCGAACCCUACAGACGGGGUAACCCACCCCUUGGAUCUGCACCUUGCAAACCAGCCCCCAAAUCUAUGCAAGACGGCUGGGGUGGCGGCGUAGGUGGCGGUGGGGGGGAGGACAUGGGUUUGUCUGGGGGCCAGUGGGACCCUGACGACGGGGACAUGUGGAGCAGCCAGGCCUCCCAGGAGAGCAACUCCUGGGGCAACAGACCCAGGAAGGGCCCACCCAAGGGGAAGAUUCCGGGCAAGCAGGAGGAAGCCUGGAUCAUGAAUCGCCUGAUCAAGCAGCUGACAGACAUGGGCUUCCCUAGAGAUCCAGCCGAGGAGGCUCUGAAGAGGAACAACAUGAACCUGGACCAGGCCAUGAGUGCUCUGUUGGAGAAGAAGACGGAGCUGGACAGGCGGGGGAUCGGCAUGUCCGACUACAACAACUAUCUGAUCAACAAGGGACCAAUGGGCUGCCGGCCUCCCCUCCACUCCAAAGAGUCCUCCUCAGAUCGCUCCCCUUUCCUCGACAAGGACGGUGUUGGUAGCCUGGUGGAGGACGUCCUCACCUCCUCACCGUUUAUGCCUUGUUCCCCCGGCCCCCUCGGCCUGAAACUCCCCUCCCUGCCCAGCACUGCCCUGCCUCUAUCCAGCCAGGGCCUGGGCGGCCCACAGGGCCUAGCCAUGCAAAACUUGAACAACAGACAGAUGCAGAGUGGAAUGUUGGGCAGUAGCGGUGCAGCACAAGCCCGGGCCAUGCAGCAGCCUCCUCCUCAGCCGUCAGUGCCGCCUCUCGGCUCCCAGCCUAGUCUACGCGCUCAAGUGCCUCAGUUUCUCUCCCCUCAGGUUCAAGCACAGCUCUUACAGUUUGCAGCAAAAAACAUUGGUCUGAAUCCUGCACUUUUAACCUCACCAAUAAACCCUCAACAUAUGACCCUUUUGAACCAACUAUACCAGCUGCAACUGGCGUACCAGCGUUUACAAAUUCAGCAGCAGAUGUUGCAGGCGCAGCGUAAUGUUUCUGCUCCCAUCCGACAGCAAGAGCAGCACGUUGCACGUACAAUCAAUAACAUGCAGCAGCAGAUCCAACAACACCAGAGACAGCUGGCCCAGGCCCUGCUGAUGAAGCAGCAGCAGCAGCAGACCCUCGGCUCCCUCUCCUCCUCCGGCCUGCACCACGGCCAAGGCAAAUCAGCCCUGGACUUGUUCCCAGGCCACCCCCAGGCUCCGGGCCUACCCGACCUGCAGACCAAAGAGCAGCAGUCGUCCCCCAACUCCUACAGCCCCUACCCUCUCUCUGGACUGAAUCCUAACAUGAAUGUAACCUGCAUAGAGGUGGGAGGCCUGUCCAUGAAGGAGCUUCCCCAGCCCCAGUCUCGCCUCUCCCAGUGGACACACCCCAACUCCAUGGACAGCCUCUCUGGAGGUUCAUCCUCUCUGGAGCCCAACCUGAACAAGCACGGUUCCAACCUGGGCCCCCCCGGGAAGCCCCCCCAAAUGGAGGAUGGGUACAGCCCCUACGGCAUGAUGCCUGGCUCCGAGUCCCCCACCAACCCCCUGGUGCCCCCAGACAGCUGGAGCCAGGGCAAGAGCCCCAACGACAAGAUGGUCAACGGCGCCAACAUCACCUGGCCUCCAGAGUUCUGCCCGGGCGUGCCCUGGAAGGGCCUGCAGAACAUCGACCCGGAGAACGACCCCAACAUGACCCCGGGGAGCGUUCCCAGUGGCCCCACCAUCAACACCAACAUCCAGGACGUCAACCGCUACCUGCAGAGAGACCGCAGCGGAGGCUCCUCCCCCACCUCAUCUCAGAACGAGGCCCUGCCCCCCUCCACCGAUUGGUCAGUCAGUGCCUACUCUAGCUCGUUCAGUCUGUCGUCCCCGGAAACGGACGACCCAGGUAAAUUGUCGGACAUGAAGUCCACCUGGUCCCCGGGGCCCAUCUCCCACCCCUCCCAGGUCUCUCUGUCCCAUGAGUUGUGGAAGGUCCCCCAGGGGCCCCGCAAUAACACAACCGCCCCCACGCGGCCCCCUCCGGGCCUCACCAACCCCACCAAGCACUCCUCCACCUGGGGAGGCAACUCCCUGGGCCUGGCCCAAGGCUGGAGCAGCUCCUACUCCUCAGUGGCUACCACAUGGAGUACAGACAGCUCCAACAGGACCAGUAGCUGGUUGGUCCUGAGGAACCUCACUCCCCAGAUAGACGGGUCCACCCUGCGGACGCUAUGCAUGCAGCAUGGCCCCCUCAUCACAUUCCACCUCAACCUGACCCAGGGCAACGCAUUGGUGCGCUACAGCUCCAAGGAGGAGGCCGCCAAGGCCCAGAAGUCCCUGCACAUGUGCGUUCUGGGUAACACCACCAUCCUGGCAGAGUUUGCUGGGGAGGAAGAGGUCCAGCGCUUCUUUGCACAGGGCCAGCAGCUAGCCUCAACUACCAGCUGGCAGGCUGACCCAGGCGUCAAUCAGACGCGGAUGGGCGGUUCCGGGCCCAGAUCCUCGCACCCCAUUGGCCAUCCCCACUGGAACUCUGGUGGCAGCAGUGGCGGCAUGGGAGGAGGUGGAGCCAAGACGGGCGGAGACCUGCUGUGGGGGGGCGUGCCCCAGUACUCCAGCCUAUGGGGACCGCCCAGCGGAGAGGAGGGGCGGGUCAUGGGGAGUCCUACUCCAAUCAACACGCUGCUGCCUGGGGACCUGCUGAGCGGGGAGUCCAUGUAGGACCACGUCACAGAGCUCCAUGCUAGAAAAAGGAGGAAUGGAAUACUACACAGGAAUACUACACAGUACUACAUAUAUACAUAUAUAUAUGUAUACAGACAGAAGAGCAAAAACCAAGCAGAUCAAUGUGGUGAUAAUCAGUGUGGGUGGGAUGAUCGAGGGACAGACUUGAGGAGGACAAGGUGACUCUUCUGUGUCCACGCUGCUCACCCUCUUCCAAUGUUUCUGUUUGUUUAAAAGAAAACACGUCAUUUUAGAUUUGUUCGGCGAGAGGCUCGGGUUGCAGUGUUUUAAGUUGGGACUUUGGGAAAAGCACGAGUAUGUCUUUGACUCAAACAACAAAGGAAGAGAAACAUUUGAACUUUACUCUGAGAACUAUUUGUCAUGUGAAACGUGUAUUUUAGACUAACUACUUCAAACAACGAGCUGCCAUCUUCAAAACUCCCAUAAUCCCUUGCUGCCUGACAGCAGUCAAUCCACACCUCAGAGAAACCAUAGAUACACAUCAUUCCCAAAGCCCAUCCCCUUCCUGUCGGGAAGGUUCCAGAACUUUCUACCAGUCCGAAAUUUCUCUUGUUUGUUUUUUCUCAGCACUAAUUACUAGCCUUAACCUCCCUCCUGGCCUGGUUCCCCUCCUUUAUUCACUGAUUCUCACUCACUCUGUACUUACUGAAGAAAACGUACUGAGAAUUGCACACUCAUUUCUGAGCCAGCGAAAACCGAGGGGAGAGGAUGUGCUUGUAAGAGACUGAGGCCACAGCAGCUCUCAACUGGAAGCCUCGGCGGUCACAAGCAUAUUAUUCAGUCCCCACCACUCUUAAAGGGAUUGAUGAUGCAAACGCAAAAGAUCUUCGCCUUGUUCAUUUUAAAGCCAUUUUUGUCAUGGAGUUUUGUUUCCCCGAACCAUUCGCAAAAUAAGCGAAGAGAAAUAUGACUCCAGUGUGUGAAUAUUUCCGGGGGCGUGUGUUUCCAUGCGUGUAUGACCGUCUUGUUGAAGUCUAGUAACCACUGCUCUAUGGAACUGUAACAAAACACUUUUGAAAUGCACCUCAACUCAUUUAAGGACGAACUUGUGGUCUGGUUCCCCCCUUUCUGUGACUGCGGAAGACCUCAGUCAUUACCGUGGUCCACUAAUCUCUCCUUUACACCAACACACCAUUUCAAGUGACGUGCAAUAUAAGCCACAGACUACUCUCUACUACCGUCCACCCCAAGUACUCAAAGGGUUUCUCUCACAAACCUCUUUCAAGAGCAGAGACAAAAUCAGCAAGGACUCUCUAUAUCCAUCCUCCCUGGGUGUGUGAGCUGGCUGGACCCACUUAUCCGUGAAACACAAGGAUAUACAACAAGCACUUGUUAUUCAGUCUUGGACUAGGUCUUUCUAAUCCAACCGCACACAACAGUGACUGACUAGAGGGGCACAGGGGUAAGGAAGGGGGUGUAUGGGGCAUUAUACCAAAACGAGACUUGUUCCUUAUCUACCCACAAGACGAAACCAUGCAUUUUUUUCUUUCCAUUGUUGUAUUUGGUACAAAAAAGUAUGGAACAAAUCUAUAACUGCUUUCUAAAAAGAGGUGGUUUAUCAUAGCACUUAGCAAAGAGCAGCAUGCUCCUUCACUUCAAUGCCAACGAAUCAGAAGAGGAGAAGCGUGUGACACUGAAAAACUCGAGAGAAAAAACUCAAACAAAAAAAACAAGCAAUCUACUACGACGUGGCUUCUCCGUAACUCUUUAUGAACUGUAACACAGAUGUGAAACUAUUUUCAGUUUUCAUAUUAUUUUUAUUUUAAACCUUCCCUUUCUCGCGGUCUGUGUGUGGUACCAGGAAAGUUUCUGAAAUGGUAGCAAAAUGAAGGGAUGGAAAGAAAGAAUGAAAGACUUUGGGCACUAUCGGGUGUGAGACCCCGAAGCACUCGCCUGUUUUCCCUUUCACUCUAUCAAAGUAAAUAUCACUGUUACAUGACUGAAAAUCUUUAGCCUUGUUCUCUGGAGACGCAACUAGAUGCUGCGGCAAUGUUCUGUGGAUGGAUUCUGCAGGGGGAUCGCCAUUUUCUCUCUAUCUCUCAACCUUUUUCACAAGCCCUGCCAACCUGUAUGAUCGUGUGGCCGUUGAGUGCCUGCCUGCUGCGGAGGGGGUGGACUUCAUAGAAGCUCCACACCAGGCCUCUGCAGCAGCUCUCACCCCACCUUCCCCUCUCCCUCCCUGGGGAGCCUCACAGACUGGUUCCCUCAGGGACCUCCCGGGCCUCUGGUGCCCAAGAGCAGCUGUCAGAACUGUCCGAUUCGUAUUAACUACUACUACUGCGCCAGCUUCUGUUGUUUCAUCACCUCCACUCUAUCCCUCUCUCUUCUGUUGUUCAUCACCUCCACUCUAUCCCUCUCUCUUCUGUUGUUCAUCACCUCCACUCUAUCCCGCUCUCUUCUGUUGUUCAUCACCUCCACUCUAUCCCGCUCUCUUCUGUUGUUCAUCACCUCCACUCUAUCCCUCUCUCUUCUGUUGUUCAUCACCUCCACUCUGUCCCUCUCUCUUCUGUUGUUCAUCACCUCCACUCUAUCCCUCUCUCUUCUGUUGCUCAUCACCUCCACUCUAUCCCUCUCUCUUCUGUUGUUCAUCACCUCCACUCUAUCCCUCUCUCUUCUGUUGUUCAUCACCUCCACUCUAUCCCUCUCUCUUCUGUUGUUCAUCACCUCCACUCUAUCCCGCUCUCUUCUGUUGUUCAUCACCUCCACUCUAUCCCGCUCUCUUCUGUUGUUCAUCACCUCCACUCUAUCCCUCUCUCUUCUGUUGUUCAUCACCUCCACUCUAUCCCGCUCUCUUCUGUUGUUCAUCACCUCCACUCUAUCCCGCUCUCUUCUGUUGUUCAUCACCUCCACUCUAUCCCGCUCUCUUCUGUUGUUCAUCACCUCCACUCUAUCCCGCUCUCUUCUGUUGUUCAUCACCUCCACUCUAUCCCGCUCUCUUCUGUUGUUCAUCACCUCCACUCUAUCCCUCUCUCUUCUGUUGUUCAUCACCUCCACUCUAUCCCUCUCUCUUCUGUUGUUCAUCACCUCCACUCUAUCCCUCUCUCUUCUGUUGUUCAUCACCUCCACUCUAUCCCUCUCUCUUCUGUUGUUCAUCACCUCCACUCUAUCCCUCUCUCUUCUGUUGUUCAUCACCUCCACUCUAUCCCUCUCUCUUCUGUUGUUCAUCACCUCCACUCUAUCCCUCUCUCUUCUGUUGUUCAUCACCUCCACUCUAUCCCUCUCUCUUCUGUUGUUCAUCACCUCCACUCUAUCCCUCUCUCUUCUGUUGUUCAUCACCUCCACUCUAUCCCGCUCUCUUCUGUUGUUCAUCACCUCCACUCUAUCCCGCCCUCUGUCUCUCAUGCAAGGAUCACUUUAGCCAGAGAUGGAGAGGUUUUUGAAUCGUGUUAAGUUUUCUUUGGUUUAAUUUUUUUGGUUUAUUUUCAUUUCUGGAAAAAUCGCCAGAGUUAUUUUAGUUUUUGUCAAACUUGCUGUUGUUGAUGUUUGUUUUAUGAUGAUUACAAUGAUUUUUAUGGAUGUUUUUUCGACGGCUCCAUGCAGUGUUCAGCUGCUCUCCUGUCCCCUGCUCUUACUGCUCGUAAGCAGAAACUAAAAUACUUCUGGUUCGACGCGCACCUCAGCAAACGCAGCCCACCACAGGAAUGUUAUGGAUACGGACACUGCAGAUCUCAGUGGGGGUGGUUCAUUUGGUGUGGUUGUUGGACAGUCAGUGUUUUGGUUCAGGAGCGGACCUGAUGGUUCUAAUGUAUAGUCAGAUCAGGUGUGAGAUUCAGAGGGUAUCUAUCUACCCGGCCUGCCCUGCUCCCCCUCUCUCACAGCCUCUGCUGCCCAGCCCACCCUCUCUCCCUUCCCAUCCCCAUGUUGUUCUCUCCACACACACACACAUCCUCCACUCCAGUCAGGCCUCGCUCACACUGGUGCUUUAUUUUCCAUAGGCUGUCUAGGAGCUUUCUGGCAGAAUGAAAAGACAGACUCCUAUACCACUAUCCCUCUCCGUCAACCUGAAUACCAUAUAAACUGACGCAGCACUCGAUUUCUAUGCAAAGACAGAGGUUCGCGCUCAGAACCAUCAACCAUCAGUCCACCAACCAUCUGCCAAUUGUCUAACCCCCUCCUUUCCACCCUCCCGGCAUUUUUUCAUACCAGCCAGCACUAGGCAGACUCCAAACUACCCUCCCCACUGCUCCAUCACCAUGGUGUCUUUGUAAUUCAGUCUCAAUGAUAUCCCUCAUACAUACACACCUCAGGAGGACCACUGAGUAGACUGCGUUCCCCUGUUGGCGCUCUAGCAUUGUGUAAAGUACAUCUGUAAAGUACAGUUGUUCAUUGUGAUGAUUUCAAGAGCUUUUAGAUAACACUAAUAAUGACCUGCUGAGUGGUAUGAGAAGUAUGAGUGGUGGGGAUGGGGGUUUCUGGGAGUCCUUCCUCAUGUGUCAUGUGCCAACUGGACUAAAAUAUAUACUUCAGCCCUGCCAUUUACCAUUGAGUUGUAUCUGCUGUCAAAUGAGCCUUCAAUUCCCAUGAUUCAGUUGUUUUGAGACUACAUUUCUGCCUGAAUCCUAGACUUAAAGGCACAUGGUCAUGGAGGAAUGUGGGGUGGGAGGAGGGGGUGAUAUUUGGGCCAGGACAUAUGAGGCAGUCCCUUGUCCCAGCUAUCAAAAGAAAACAGGCAGUCUGUGUGUACUGUUGAUGGGUCACAUCGGGUACACCUUUUAUAAAACCAAAAACAUGUUAUCUUUUUUGGGGGGGUUAACAAAAAGUAGAAACUAAAGUACAAAAAAAAGUGUUUAAAAAAGUCCUAAAGUAUGUUUUUUGCUGUGCACUCCUUGGCUGAGAGGCCUCGUUCUCUCUGCAAGCCUUUUCCCCCCCAACUGUGGCACUCUGACUGGGGCUACCUUCUGGAACGCUAUAUCGAUGGUGUUCAUUUCUGACCUCCAGCCUCGAGUGCACCACCCACAGAACAGAACAUUGCCACAGAUCUGGGUUUUUGGGUUAGGGUCCAGGUGGGGCCCACCGCAUCAGCAGGGCCAGGACACACCUCACAGUUUUGUUGUUCGGUACCAAGUCUUAAAAGGGGAAAGGCCCUCUUCCAAGAGUUGUUUUUCGUACUCGUCGUUGUCGUGUGACAUUAGCAACAAUCACUAAUUGCCUGUUUCUGAAAAAGCUGAAUUGUUUUGCUCCACGCUGGGCUCCCGAGGCUACAGACUGGAAUAGGGUCACAAAAAAGGGAUUGGGGGGUCAAGUCUCAGAGGCGUCCCAGGAUUCUCUGUGCAGCACCAGCACUGAGAGACCACCUGUCACUCUACCCCCCCACCCCUACCCACCAAUAUACACCAUGGAUGACUGGUGUAGGAAGUCAAGAGAAUCUCCCUUUUUAAAUCACUCAAAGGCAACUGGAGUUUAAGCAAAGUAUGCUUCUCAAUCAUGGACCAGAGUAGGUUCUGGGGUAGGGACCCCAUUUCAAGAGGAAUACAAAAAAACGUAUCUUUCUCAAGGGCCUGGGUUGAAUAUGCACAUGCUAGUUUAUAUACAUGUAUACAUCCAAGUGUGUAUAUAUGUAUACAGCUAGGUUUCUCUUUCCACUUGACCCUAAGCCCGCUGUCUCUGCCCCAGGUCCAACCUUACCCCUAUGUAUUCUCCUUCUCUGUAUAUUUCACAGAAGAUAAAUAUAAUAUUAACAUAUCAGAGUAAUACAAAAAUAAAGAAUACAAAUACUUGAAUCAAAAGAAGCGCCAAUAUUGUAAUGUGAACACUUUGUAAUCAUUUUGUCUCGUUCAUACACUUCCUGGAUAUUUGAGAACAUCUGUUCUGAGUGAACUAAAUUAGAAAAAGGAGGAUUGUUGAAAAACAAAGAUUGGUAUAAAAAAAGGCUAAAUGACAUCUGUUGUAUCUGAGUGUUUGCACAAGGUUGCCUGUACUGUAUGGUUCAUGUAUGGAUGGAUGUGUCUGUUUGACAGACAGCGUGUAUGAGGUUUCAAACGAUUGUGAGCCUGUGAUUUACAGCGGGAAUUAUCUCCGCUUAUUCAUUUUAUUUCUAUUCAGUAUAUUAGUUUUACGUUUUAUUUUUGGCUUAUCAAAAGUAUAUUCUGAUGUUUAUUGUUAUUAGACUCUAGCGUUGCACUGAGUGUCAGCCCUCCCCUCAAGCUAAUCGAACAACGCCAGAUAAAGUACUGGGGGCAGACGGCGACUUCACGUGUAAAUGUUUACUCAAGGACUUAAGAAAAUAAGUGUUUUUAAUCUGUAAUAUGUUUAUCUACCUUGUAGUGGCUUUCAUUGUGGAAUAAUCCAAGAAAAAAUAUGGAUUAUUAAUUAUAAGUAUUGCACCAUUUUUUCAGAUUAUAAACUUAAAAAGUAUAGAAAAGCAACAAAAAAAAACAAAUAUUGAAAAAAAAACAUUACAAAAAAAGUAUUUUUGAAGAUCUGUGGCCAUAGUUUGGGUAGAGAGACUUGUAGCUCUCCCUGUCUAUUCAGGGAGAAACCGAAGGAUAAGACAUCAGAAGGAGGGUUGGUUACAAGGCUCACUUCAGAGGUGCCUACCUUUUUGGUUUGUUAGCUUUCGUUCAGUUUCAUUUUUGUUAAAAUCUCAUGUUAUGUUUGCUUGUUUUCUGCAAGGCCACUGACGGUUUACAACCAUUUUUGUUUUUUUGAAGUUCGAGGAAAAGGAAUUAACUGUAUGAAAAUAUUGGAAAAACACAAGAAAAUGACAAAUACUUCCAUUUUAAAAAGAAUAACAAAAACACUUUACAGAAUGAAGAUUUUAAUAUUGUGCUACUUUCAGAACUCUGGGAUCCAACAGUGUUGUCAUGUUAUAUUUGACAUUUGACAUAUUUGUUCUAUGUUGAUUUCAUGGACUAUCUAAAGCCUGUGCAUUUUUAUUGAUUACAUUUUUCCUUUGUAAAAAGAAAAAAAAAUACAUAAUUGCUCACUAUCUUGCACACAAAGUGGAUCUUGUCUCAGGAAGGCCAGGGUUCCAACUCCACUCCAUUUUAAUGUAUGGAAAGAAAAGAAAAAAAGCACUGAAAAACUUCAGAAAGAGAGAUUUCAGAAAGAGAGAAAAUAUCCUUUGUUUUUAAAUCCGUAGCAGUUUACAGUGCCUUCAGAAACUAUUCACACCCCUUGACUUUUACCAAAUUUUGUUGUUACAGCCUGAAUUUAAAAUGUAUUAAAUUUAGAUUUUUUUGGGUCACUGGCCUACACACAAUACCCCAUAAUGUCAAAGUGGAAUUAUGAUUUUCUAAAUUUGACAAAUUUAAUAAAAUAUUAAAAGCUGAAAUGUCUUGAGUCAAUAAGUAUUCAACCCCUUUGUUAUGGCAAGCCUAAAUAUGUUCAGGAGUAAAAAAUGUGCUUAAGUCACACAAGUUGCAUGGACUCUGUGUGCAGUAAUAGUGUUUAACAUGAUUUUUGAAUGACUACCUCAUCUUUGUACCCCAUACAUACAAUUAUCUUUAGUCAGCAGUGAAUUUCAAACAGAUUCGACCAUAAAGACCAGGGAGGUUUUCCAAUUCCUCGCAAAGGAAUUGGUAGAUGGGUAAAAAAAACACACAAAAAACAGGCAUUGAAUAUCCCUUUGAGCAUGGUGGUUAUUAAUUACACUUUGGAUGGUGUAUCAAUGCACCCAGUCAAUACAGAGAUACAGGCGUCCUUCCUAACUCAGUUGCCGGAGAGGAAGGAAACUGCUCAGGGAUUUCACCAUGAGGCCGAUGGAGACAUUAACAGUUACAGCGUAUAAUGGCUGUGACAGGAGAAAACUGAGGAUGGAUCACUAACAUUGUAGUUAGUUCACAAUACUAACCUCAUUGACAGGGUGAAAAUAAGGAAGCCUGUACAGAAUACAAAUAUUCUGAAACAUGUAUCCUGUUUGCCACAAGGCACUAAAGUAAUUCUUCAAAAAAUGUGGCAAAGCAAUAAACUUUUUGUCCUGAAUACAAAGUGUUAUGUUUGAGAGUACCACCCUCCAUAUUUUCAAGCAGUGAUGGCUGCAUCUUGUUAUGGGUAUGCUUGUAAUCGUUAAAAUCCUACAGGAAAACCUUGUUCAGUCUGCUUUCCACUAGACUAGACACUGGGAGAGACGAAUUCACCUUUCAGCAGGACAAUAACCUAAAACACAAGGCCAAAUCUACGCUGGAAUUGCGUACCGUGAAUGUUCCAGAGUGGCCGAGUUAGUUUUGACUUAAAUCUGCUUGAAUGGCAAGACCUAAAAAUGGUUGUCUAACAUUGAUCAACAAACAAUUUGACAGAGCUUGAAGGAUUCUGAAAAGAAUAAUGGACAACUGUUGCACAAUCCAGGUGUGGAAAGAGACUUACUCAGACUCAAAUGUGAUUCUAGCAUGUAUUUACUCAGGGGGUUGAAUACUUAUCUAAUCAAGAUAUAUUCAUGUUUUAUUUUUCAUGAUUUUUGUACAAAUAUUAGAAUUUUUCGUACACUGAGAUUAGAGAAUUAUGUGUAGAUCAUUGCCAAAAAAAUUACAGUUAAAUCCAUUGUAAUCCCACUAAGUAACAACAAAAUGUGGGAAAAGUCAAGGGGUGUGAAUACUUUAUGAAGGCACUGUACAUAUUAACCAAAUAAUGGACUUUAAAUGAACUUUUAAAAAAUGGAGUGCUUUAUAUACAUUUUAUUAAAAUUGCUUUACAUUUAAAAACAAAAUUAUCAUUUGAUUUUGAUUGUAUUUUCUUAGAUGUCCUGUCCUGACUGAAUAAGGACCAUUGUGCAUUACUCUGUCUUUCCUCUGUCAUUCUCUCUUAUGGCGGGUAUUAAAGAACAGGGGAAAAAACUGACGUCGCAUUUAUUUGGAGGAUGUUUUUAAAACUAGCUGGUUGUAAAGGAUCAUGAUCUAUGCACACGUUGGGGGGGGGGGGGGGACUUUGAUUGGUACAAGGCACAUUUUAUGCAGGGGUUUUGGGAUCCACUGUUUUUAUUUGGUUGGGUAGGCCUACCCCCCCCACCCCAAGACCCCAACAUCCGGCUUCCUUAAUUCAGAUUGACAUCGCGCUACAUGGCCAUGCUGUAUUUUCAGAUUGACCUCGCGCUACAUGGCUAUACUGUGUAUUCAGAUUGACCUCGCGCUACAUUGCUAUACUGUGUUUUCAGAUUGACCUCGCGCUACAUUGCUAUACUGUGUAUUCCUAAACCAAUGAGCGUCUUACUCUUUAGCACUGUGCCCGUCACCCCCAAGGCUAUCUGUAUGUUCUGUCGUGUCAUUCAAUUAUUUUGUUUUUGUUGGGAUGAUGGGUGGGACGGGGAUUUGGGGUUAGGGCUGCUUUUUGCCUUUUUAUUUUUGAAAUAUUAAGGAAAAAUGUCUACUGAGAUUUAAAGAAAAGUCAGUGGCUUGUAAUGAUUUAUUUUCUCUGUAUCUCUUUCUCCUCAUAGAAUGUGAUUGUUAAAUGACAUGCACCGAAAACAAUGUUUUCAUGAACUAUGGAGCUUCUUUCAAACUAUUAAUAAAGUUGCAGUUUUUUCUGGUCUGUUAAA